AUGGAAUCUGAGAAAGGCGGUGACGGUGUGAAUUAUAGUGGGAAUUUUGUCACCGAUACGUUUUUUCCUACAUUUGACGAUGUUGUUACAUGGGCUGAUGGUGUUUCCAUAAAAUUGGGAUUUAUAUUGGUGAAAUCGUCUUAUAACAAAACCAGAGAUGGUCGGCCGUAUCGGUAUUUGCGAUGUGAUCGGUCACGAAGGAGCAAGCCGAGAGAUUUGGAGAACGCGAUACGGAAGGACACCAAAACCAAAGCUAAUGGUUGUCCAUUCUACAUCAAGAUAUAUUAUGAUGUCAGCACCGUAAGUUGGAAGAUCAUUGCGAAAAAUGAUCACACCGGGACACAUAACCACCCAAUGAUUGUGUACCCAGAGGGUCACCGUAAAGUGAGCGGAUUGAGUCCGGGUGCAAAACAGGUUGUGCGGGACAUGACAAAGUCCAAGGUUGCUCCCCGUAACAUCAUGUCCACUAUUGCCGAGCAAUUUCCUGAUGAUCAUCCAAACAUCCGACACAUUUACAAUUUCCGAAAUGACUUCAGGAUGGAGAUGUCCGAAGGAAGAGGAGUUGUUCAGCAAUUUCUUCAUCUGGCGAGAGAGAGUAAAUACAUUUACUGGUUCACGAACGAUGAUCACAACGUUUUGCAACAUGCAUAUAUGGUGCACCCGAUCAUGGUCAACAUACUCCGCACAUACCCACAUGUCAUAGGUAUGGAUUCUACUUACAAGACCAAUCGAUAUAACAUGCCUUUCUUUGAGAUAGUAGGCGUGACACCGACAAACCAGAAUUUUCUAGUUGGAUAUGUUUUCAUGCGCGACGAGUGCACGGCUAGCUAUCGGUGGGUGUUGCAGAGAUUAAGGGAGUUGAUUGGGUUUGAUAAAGAGCCAUCUGUAUUUAUUUCAGACCGUGAUCUUGGGCUAUGUGCGGCUUUGAGAGAAGUCUUUCCAGGGACGUCACAUUUACUCUGUCUAUGGCACAUCAACAGAGAUGUGGAGGCUAAGGUGACGAAGAUGUUUGGAAACAAGACGGUUGGUGUCAGUUUUAGAGCUGGGAGAUGGUUCAAAAUCGUGAAUGCAACAACACAGGCGGAGUAUGAUCGUGCUCUAACUUCCAUGCAAGUGAGGUGGGGAAAAUAUCCGGAAGUGAUUCAGUAUGUUCAGAGAACUUGGCUUUGUCAUAAGGAGAAAUUUGUGAAAUUUUGGACGAACCAGGUUCUUCAUUUUGGUAACACCACCAACUGCAGAGUUGAGAGCCAACAUUCAGUAGUGAAAACUUGGUUAGAAUCAUCCACAGGUGCUUUGGAUACCGUAUGGGCCCGAGUCCAUUGUCAUAUCGGUAAUCGCAUCAUACAAAUUCGUAAUGACUUGGAGGCAUCAAGGUCUAAAAUUGGUCAGAUGUACAGAUAG